ACGCGGAGCGCGCGGCUCCGGAGGCCACCGCGGGCAGGCGCAGGCGACGGGAACGGCCGGCUAGCGGGCGGCAUGGCGGCGGCGGGGACGGCGGCAGGGCCGGCGGGGCCCGAGCCCAUGCCGAGCUACGCGCAGCUGGUGCAGCGGGGCUGGGGCAGCGCGCUGGCGGCGGCGCGGGGCUGCGCGGACUGCGGCUGGGGGCUGGCCCGCCGCGGCCUGGCGGAGCACGCGCACCUGGCGCCGCCCGAGCUGCUGCUGCUGGCGGUCGGCGCGCUCGGCUGGACCGCACUGCGCUCGGCGGCCACCGCGCGCCUCUUUCGGCCCCUGGCCAAGCGGUGCCGCCUCCAGCCUAGAGAUGCCUCCAAGAUGCCUGAGAGCGCCUGGAAGUUUCUCUUCUAUCUGGGCUCCUGGAGCUAUACCUCCUACCUGCUCUUCGGCACUAACUACCCCUUCUUCCAUGACCCGCCAUCUGUCUUCUACGACUGGACACCAGGCGUGGCGGUGCCACGGGACAUCGCAGCCACCUACCUGCUGCAGGGAAGCUUCUACGGCCACUCCCUCUACGCCACGCUGUACAUGGACACCUGGCGCAAGGACUCAGUGGUCAUGCUCGUCCACCACGUGGUCACCCUGGCCCUCAUCAUCUCUUCCUACGCCUUCCGGUACCACAACGUGGGCAUCCUUGUGGUCUUCCUGCAUGAUAUCAGCGACGUGCUGCUCGAGUUCACCAAGCUCAACGUCUACUUCAAAUCCCGCGGCGGCUCCUACCACCGGCUGCACGCCCUGGCGGCCGACCUGGGCUGCCUCGGCUUCUGCUUCAGCUGGUUCUGGUUCCGCCUCUAUUGGUUCCCUCUCAAGGUCCUGUACGCCACGGUCCACUGCAGCCUGCGCUCCGUGCCUGACAUCCCCUUCUACUUCUUCUUCAAUGCGCUGCUGCUGCUGCUCACCCUCAUGAACCUCUACUGGUUCCUGUACAUCGUGGCGUUCGCCGCCAAGGUGCUCACGGGCCAGGUGCGCGAGCUGAAAGACCUGCGGGAGUACGACGCGGCCGAGGCUCAGGACCCCAAGCCCAGCAAGGCUGAGAAGCCGCUGCGGAAUGGCCUGGUGAAGAACAGGCGCUUCUGAUGCCCCGCCCCGCCCCACCACGCCCCCAUGGACCCUGCCCCACCCCCGGGACCUCGGCCACGCCCCAUCCCCCCGGGACCCUGGCUGCAGCCAGCUCCGCUCCUCCCGGGCCCAGCCAUUCCUGGGACCCCGCCCCGCCCCCUCAGGCCCCGCCUCCGGACCGCGGCCACGCCCCCUAAGACCGCGGCCACGCCCCAGCCCACUGGUCGGGGGCCACAGCGACCCCGCGCACUCUCCGGCCAUCGCCUGGGAGGAAGAUGCCACCGCUGUGCCCACGCCCUGGCCGCCACCUCUUCCUCCUCCUGGCCCUGCUGCUGCCCUGGCCAUCCCCGGCCCGCGCUCCUGUGCCCCCGGGCCCCGCCGCCGCCCUGCUCCAGGCUCUCGGGCUGCGCGAUGCGCCCCAGGGCGCCCCCACGCUCCGGCCCGUUCCCCCGGUUAUGUGGCGCCUGUUCCGCCGCCGCGACCCCCAGGAGACAAGGUCGGGCCUGCGGCGGACGCCUCCAGGGGCUACUCUGCAACCGUGCCACGUGGAGGAGCUGGGGGUCGCCGGAAACAUAGUGCGCCACAUUCCGGACCGCGGUGCGGCCGCCCGGCCCCCGGAGCCCGCCUCGGCCGCGGCGCAGUGCCCCGAGUGGGCCGUCGUCUUCGACCUGUCGGCUGUGGAACCCGCCGAGCGCCCGAGCCGGGCUCGCCUGGAGUUGCGCUUCGCGGCGGCGGCGGCGGCGGCGGCCCCGGCGAGCGGCUGGGAGCUGAGCGUGGCGCGGGCUGGUGAGGCCGCGGGCCCGGACCCCGGGGCGGUGCUGCUCCGCCAGGCGGUGCCCGCCCUGGAGUCGCCGGUGCGCGCCGAGCUGCUGGGCGCCGCCUGGGCCCCUAACGCCUCGGUGCCGCGCAGCCUCCGCCUGGCGCUGGCGCUGCGUCCGCGGGCCCCUGCCGCCUGCGCGCGCCUGGCCGAGGCCUCUCUGCUUUUGGUGACCCUCGACCCGCGCCUGUGCCACCCUCUGGCCCGGCCCCGGCGCAAGGCCGAACCUGUGGCGGGCGGCGGCCUCGGGGGCGCGUGUCGCGCGCGGCGGCUCUACGUGAGCUUCCGCGAGGUGGGCUGGCACCGCUGGGUCAUCGCGCCGCGCGGCUUCCUGGCCAACUACUGCCAGGGCCAGUGCGCGCUGCCCGCUGCUCUGUCUGGCCCCGGCGGGCCCCCGGCGCUCAACCACGCCGUGCUGCGCGCGCUCAUGCACGCGGCCACCCCGCGCGCCGGUGGCCUGCCCUGCUGCGUGCCCGCGCGCCUGUCGCCUAUCUCCAUGCUCUUCUUCGACAACAGCGACAACGUGGUGCUGCGGCACUAUGAGGACAUGGUGGUGGACGAGUGCGGCUGCCGCUGACCAGGGGUGGGGGGCGUGGAACCAACAAUAAACACUGCGUGGUCUGCU